AGACCUUCUACAGCAGGCAUGUAAUCCGCGGCCCAUCGUAAUUAGGGAAAAUGGCUGACGAUUCGUCGAAACAUGUUUUGACAAUUGCAAUUGAUUGAGUCCCGAUGUGCCACGAAGAAUUACGUCACGGUGAAAAUGCUACAUACCUGCUGCAUUCUCUGACGUAACAUCCUCUGGACACUAGGUGGAUGUAGUAGAAUUUGAGAAGUUACCAUCGCUGUGUUAACACCGAAAGAGAGAGACCGCAUCAUGUGUCUUCUGUAGUUUCUACAAUCAUGGUUUAGACUAAGGGUCAUUAAGGCAAUAAAAUGCCUGCCAGUUUAGUUAAUAAUGGGACAGCAUUUUGCUAGUCUCAGAGAGUUCUUUAGAAUGGACGGUGAAAGACAAGCUGCUGAGAUAUGCGCUAGCGCGCUCAGCCAACCAUUGCCCCUGGAAAUGGUGAAUCGAGAUAUCACCGAGAGUCUGUCCGAAAACGAGACCAAUGGCAAUGUACCUGUAAUGAACUCUAAUAUACUGCCGAACAGACUAGAAUGUAAACUAGAAGGAAAUUUGGACAACGAUCGUUUAAACUUAGAUGUAGACAACCAUAAUUCUAGAUUCGAAUCUUUGUAUAGUCAACCUGUUGAAGCUCAGGAUACAAAGCAAGUUUGUAAUAAUGGCAACGUUACUAAUGAAUCGUCGUUUAGACAGCAGCAGGAAGCGUGCUGCAGUAGUUCUAGUAGUAGCAACAGUAGUAGCAGUUCCGAAGAUAGUCCCAUAAAUCCACCAUUGAGAAGAUCGUCUAAAACUUUAUCAUUUGGAAAGAGAAAGAAUAAGCAGCGCAACAAGGAUCAAAGUCCAGUUUGUAAUCACGUUUUAUCGUCGAAGAAGAAGCGUAGCAACUGGGUGUUGAAAUUUAAUUGCGCCAAGAGCAAAAGCUCCAAAAACACGGACAUUAUUCCCGGUCAAGGGAGUAAUAAUUCAGAUUGCGUAUGUACAGGUUACAGAAGAACCGAGGAGCAUCCUAUGGGUGCGGGCACCGUAUUUAAUAGUCGAUCCGCUCCGCAAAGUCCCGUUCUCGGGCCACUGCCACCUAGCCCCGUAAUUGAUUUAUCGCGAUUUAAUCCCGAAGAAUUUCCUAUGGAAGAUUGUGACGAACGCGCGCGAAUACAACGCGCUCGAGAGAUGGAGGAAGGGGUCGAACCCCCUCCUGGUUAUAAGCCUAAUUAUCCUACGGGAAUACAAGUUCAUCCUAAUGGAAUAACAGUGGACAGUUUGGCGGCAUUGUUCCAAGCACAUGCCGGUAUUCAAGCUGCCGCUCUCACAGCCUUAUCGCAGAUCGACUUUACAUUAAUUCCAAAUAUUGAAAGACCCGCUCAUACGCAGGUCGACUAUGUCCACUGCCUCGUACCGGAUUUAAGGUCGAUUACUGCCUGCUCUUUUUACUGGGGUAAGAUGGACCGUUACGAAGCGGAACGCUUAUUGGAGGGCAAGCAAGAGGGUACCUUUCUGUUACGAGACUCUGCGCAGGAGGAAUUUUUGUUUUCUGUGAGCUUUCGCAAGUACGGACGUUCGUUGCACGCGCGGAUCGAACAGUGGAAUCAUAAAUUUAGCUUCGAUUCGCACGAUCCAGGAGUUUACGCUUCCGAAACAGUAUGCGGUUUAAUCGAACAUUAUAAGGAUCCGUCAUGUUGUAUGUUUUUCGAACCUAUGCUCACUAUUCCGUUGCACCGAAAUUUCGCAUUUCCGCUACAGCAUCUGUGUAGAGCGGUGAUAACCACGCGGACAACGUACGAUGGCAUAAACAAGCUGCAAUUGCCAAAGACACUCAAGAGUUAUCUCAAGGAGUAUCACUAUAAGCAGAGGGUGCGAGUCAGGCGGUUAGACACGGAAAGUGAUCUACAGACAGACUGCAGAUCCAUAUCAUGCUUGCCGAUAUGAGUCUUCGUGUAUUAAUAUUCGAUGAAACUUUAUCAUAUGUUGCGCAAUUAUAUUUCUUUAUUGUCAUUCUGCGCCGCCGUAUUAAAUGCGAGCGGUAUGCAUUAUGCAUGCACAUGCAUUGUAAUACCAGGAAUACCAUGACUCCGACCCACAAUUACACAGGACAUUAUUGCAAUAUUAGCAAUAAAAGCAGUAUAUUCAUCUUAAGGUGGACAUACACUGAGCGAAGGGACAACGAAUCAACGAAUGCGAAUAUUCAUUGUUAAAGUUCAGAAAACGUUAUAAUUGCAAACCUUCAUCAGCGUUAGAGUCACUUAUGAAAAUACAAUUCAAUGCAAAUAUUUGAUAUAACACAAAAUAAAGCGAUGAACAUUUGCUUUGUGUUCGCUCAGUAUAUAUCCACUUUUAAACGAUAAUAGCUUCCACAGAGGGAAAACAGUGUAGUUAUAAUUUAAAAAGAAGAAAAAGGAAAAAAAAAUUAGUGGGACUUGUGCAAAAUAUGUGCAAAACUUAUGCGCGCGACAGGUGCCUAUGUUCCCUCGAAAAAGUAAUUCAAUAUGUAAAUACGUCAAACUGACAAUGCUUCGUAUACACACGCACAGCAUAUUACGGAAAUCGUUUACCGUAUUAUGUAAACUUCAAUAUCUCAUUGCUACUGUUCUUAUUAUUACUGCUACUUUUAUUUCUCUAUUUUAUUCCUGACUAUGUUAUCUUUUAAUCGUUAUUUUGAAUAUGUACUCGAGUAUCUUCUUGAGUAUAUGUAUAAUUUGAUGUUAAUUAAACUUACGCGUACAGUUUGUACAUUGAUAAUUUUUAUAGAACGAUACCAAAACUUAUGCCUUUGAAAGGCGCGGCAAUUUAGUCUUUUAGAAAUUUUAUUAUAAAAAAUUAUGUCAUCAAAUUUUUAACCUUUAUACGUAACUAAAUGUAACUAAAGUUACAAAAUCAUUGCAAGAUCUGGUUCGUAUUACUCCUAUUGUGCCUAUUUAUAAUGUUAAAUAUUAUUAGGUGAACGCUGUCUGUGUUCAUGUUCAUCAUUGGCAGAUAAAAAAAAGUCUACAAUUUGUGUAAAUUAUUUAAAUUUUGAAACGUGGAGGAGAUAUCAGAUGCAAUGAAUUGAACUUGGAGUAAAACAAUGCAAAUCAUUAAAAUGAUAAAUUUGCAAAGUAUAUAAUAUUAUAGUAUGAAAUUGUUAAAAGUAUUGGUUAAUGGUUACUCAUAUAAUGAACUUCGUAUUAAUAAAAAAUUUAAUAUUUAUGUGUA